CUUGGGAACUGUGGAACACGGAGUACAGUAAGUGAAAGAACGCCGCCAAGAACGAACGUGUGUCGUUGGCGAAGUCGCGUGUGUUACACUUUUCUACACAUUUUUUUUUUCACUGUGCCCAUACAACACAGUGGCCAAGGCCUACUGCCUAAACCCGAGUAGCACCCAUUCAUUCCAGCGGACAGUGGCGACAAUCAGUUCCGUGGGCGGAAGCAAAACCUUCCGGUAUAUCAACGAGUUGACCCUACCCUACGAGUCGCCCUGAACAAGAAAAAACGGUGUGUUUUGAUCGUGGAUAAUUGCAGUAGCAGCAGCAAGUGGAAUCGAUCUGUUUCAAUGGCAAGCGACAAUGUGAAGAUGUGAAACCUUUCCCGUGAAGGAUAUAUAACUACUCAAAGUGCAAUAUUUUCUAAGAUAUUUCGGUAAAGUGAUUUGUUUUAAGGAUUGCGUGGUUAGGCAGCUGCAAGUGCAAACGGAUCUCGGUUUGUGUGUUUGACCAAGUGGUACUGCAAUCAAGUGAUGAAUAAGGCCUGUACUGAAUACCGAAGCUGGAUUGUGGAAUACCGAAGUUCGAUUCUGUUUAGCGUGAAAAAAUCAAUCGACUGACAUGAGCAUUCUACGAAUCGCAUUCGACUGACAAGUGCAAAAAAAAAAAGUGUGUGACAGCGAAGAAAACAAAAAAAAAAAGAAACGAAAUUCUAUUUUCUGGAUUACAUUUCCCGCAAGUGUGUGUCGUUAGAAUUUUCCCCCUGUUUUUUGCUCUGACUGAACAAAGUUCACCACAAUGCCGAAGCCAAAACGGUUAAUCAAGGACUGGAUUCACCUGGAGCGGCUGCUGGAGCCGAUGCCACUGAAGGAACGUUGGCUCUGGUUGCUCGAAUCGCAGGAACAUGCCAACGGUGCCAAUGGUCCGGGUGAUGUGGUCGGUGGACACGGUGGCGGCGGUGGAGCUGGCACCGGAUCCGGCAGUGAACCACUGUCACUGGUUUCCCGGGACAAGGAACCCAAGGAAGCAACAGUUCGCGACAUCUUCGGCGAAGAAAAUCGACUCAGCCCACCGUGCCGGGAGAGUUCGACGUCACCGUCGUCGUCGUCUUUCGCGUCGCCGCCACAUCUAGCGGCCAAGCUAGCACCACAACACAGCUCACCUCCAGCGGCACCGGUCAGUCCGUUGCCUCAGUCUGUCCCGCUGUGCCUGCAGCUAACAAUCGCCAAAGAACAACACCAACAGUCGCAACCGCAGCAUGAGCGGGAACCGGCUUCCAGUACUACGACACCCGGCGCUCGUCGGUGGCUUCCCGUUGGUGGCUCCCGGGAUGCACCGUACGGUAACAACCGGGGACACGUGCUUACCCUGGCAGAACGCAAAGACUACAGCCCGAGUAGUGCGGCGGCACACCAGAAACCGGGACUGGCGGUGCUGGACAAAAAGACACCGCCGGUUCCCAUCAUUCGGGACGAUCGGAAUGUGCUGACCGAAGAGCGACCGGUGGUCUCCCUGAAACCCCGUUCACCUCCGCCGAAGGAUCGUGUUCCAACUCCACCACCAGCACCGGGAGCAGCUGUUCGGUGUUCCGUCAUCCAGCGGGCUCCAACGGCAGCCACUUCACCUCGGCGACCCAGCCCGGAAAGUAGUCCACGGGCGGUGGAUCUUAAAGUUCGGGCUCCCGAGCUGGAACCGAUGCAGGAACAACCGAUAGAUUACCACGUACCAAAACGAAACGGUGGCGACAGCACGAAAGAAGACGAAGAGAAGGAGAAACGUAUGCAGCGAGCCAAACAGGCGGCCGUUUUCCGGAAACACCUCUGGAUUCGAGCUCAUCGGUUCGGUAACCUCAACGGGAUUAUGCAAGCUGCGGCCGGUCAUGGUCGAUCGUCCGGAGGAAGUGGGCAAAGCAGUGGCAAUCACACCGGACACAGUGGCGGAAGCAGUAUCAACUUCUCCUCCGGUUCCGGUGGUUUGGGAGGAGCCAGCGGAGGAGGCGGUGGUGGUGCAAUUGGCAGUGGAGGUUCCGGUGGUGGCAUGGGAGGACGCGAUGGACGAUCCAACUAUGGUCCGAACAGCCCACCGACCGGUUCUCUGCCACCAUUUUACGAAAGUUUGAAGGGUGGCAACGCCGGCCUCAACGGAUACAAUGCCAACGGGGGAUUUCUGAACACCAACUGGAACAACAUGGAUUGCGAUACGACCCAGGAUCUCACCAACAUCGGAGCGUUCACGGACGCGAACGCCAAUACCAGUAACCCGUCGAAACAAUACUCAAUGUUGCAGAAUGCUUACGGAAUCGCUUUGAAAGAUGAAGCCGAUUUAGAUUACGACUCCAAGAUCGAUUCGCUGUCGAAUCUGUACGGGAGCUACGACGUCAACGAUUCGAUGAUGGUCGACAUGAACGGAGUGGGUGUCGAUCCUCUUCAGUUUACCGCAACGCUAACGUUUUCCUCACCCGGCGACAAUGCACUCCUGGACAGUCUUACCGAUGCCGUCGAUCUGAGCCACUUCCUGAAUCGGCUUCCAUCGGACGAACAGUCCAGCAAUUGCAACGACCUCGAACUCACCUCAACGCCUUCCCUGACGCCGGAUUCCGUGUCGACCUCCCUGCAGCAUGUCGAGGGCCACGACGGUCUGGAUCAGUACCCCGAACAUCUACUCCUCUCGCGCAGUUACAACACCAACUUCAACAACAACAACAACACCCAAAAAUACAUGCAACAUCAGGAAAACCCACCCAGCUACCAGUUCCAAUCGCUCAGUAAUUUCGACCUCGAUUCCCACAGUAACCUAUCGUUGCCCUCUCCCAACAGCAACUCCCUGCAGUCACCUUCGUCCUCCUCCUCGCCACAAUCCUCGUCGUCCUCCUCAGCAGCAGCCGCAGCCGCUGCCGCCGCCGCCGCAGCAUCCUUAGCAGCCGGACUUCCCAGCCACGGUCAUCAUUCGGUCGGUGGCCUGGGCAGUGCAGCUGCCGUUGUGGCCGCACCACCGCCUGCUGUCGUCGCCUCAACCAUCCAAAAUCUCGGCCUACCGGCGGAAGUGCAGCUAGAAUUCGUGAACGGUGGCCACGGCAUCAAGAACCCACUGGCCGUCGAGAAUGUGCCGGGUCGGUUGCGCGAUGAGGACAAACAUCAUACCAAACUGUUGCAGCAGCAGACCGAGGUCGUGAAGCUGGACGAACCGGGCAGUGACGGCGGUCAAAAUCAGAAGUUCUGCUGUCGGAUAUGCCAGAAGACCUUUACCCUGCAGCGGCUACUGAACCGGCACAUGAAGUGCCACUCGGACGUCAAGCGCUAUCUGUGCACCUUCUGCGGCAAAGGUUUCAACGACACGUUCGAUCUGAAACGGCACACACGAACCCACACCGGUGUCCGGCCCUACAAGUGCAAUCUGUGCGAGAAAUCAUUCACCCAGCGCUGUUCGCUGGAAUCGCACUGCCUCAAGGUUCACGGUGUGCAGCACCAGUACGCGUACAAGGAACGGCGCACGAAGAUGUACGUCUGCGAGGAGUGCGGACACACCACCAACGAACCGGAGGUUCACUAUCUGCACCUGAAGGAGAAGCACCCGUAUUCGCCGGCGCUGCUGAAGUUCUACGACAAGCGCCACUUCAAGUUUACCAAUUCGCAGUUUGCGAACAAUCUGCUCGGAUCGUUCCCGAUGCCGGUGCAGAAUUGAUCGUAGCAUUGGAACACGGUAGUAGGUAGAGCCGCAACAGGUGAGAAGGAGAGAACGAGACACUCAGAGAAAAAUGAAAAAGAGCGUGGCAAAGUAUUAGAUUGCCGCCUGGCACGCGAUUGUUAUCUGCUCCCCUUUCCGGUAAUAGUAAUAGUAAUGAUGUUAGGUGAUAAAACAGUUAGAGAUCGGCGCGCGCAGAACGACGCGACGAACGUUUAAGUAAUGGAUGAAAAAAAACACUAACAAUUAUUUAUUUGCUGCAAUAUUAUUUUUAUAUUACUACUAAUCGUUAGGCGUUUAAGGCUGUCCAAUGGAAACUGAAAAAAAAAACUGAACGAGGGAGAGAGAAAAUAAGCCGCAGAGACAGAGAAAAAUACUAGAUUGCGCAAUUGAUGCGCCCGAAAUUGAAAAACGACGACGAAAAACAUGACGACGACAACAACUGACACAGUUUAGAGUUAAAGCAUUCGAUUUUAGGAUCAUCAUCAGGAUGAGCAGUUUCAGUUUCAAGAGUAAAAAUCCGGAAUCAACAGCGACGAAGUACAGUAAAAGACUCAGUCAGUCACGCACAUCGGUACAGGACAGGAUUGGCUAGGGAAGACAAAAUCACUCAUUGAUGCCGGCCGGAUCAGCAUCGCCGAGACUGCGUUUGCGUUCUAAUUUAUGCAUGGACGGCAAGCCGAGAAAGAGAAUCUUCUGACAAAACGGGGGAGGCUGAUUAACAAGGUGUUGCGUAUGGAGAGCGAACUCGCGAAACGUUUUUUUAAACCAGCUGUUAAUUCUGUUCAAUUUGUUUUUCUUUUAUUUCAAUAGAUAUAAUUAUUGAGUUACUUUUGUUUUAAAUUAUGUUGAGAGGUUUAUUUUUUUGAACUGCAGAAUCUGUGUUUCAAAAAGCGGCGAAGAAAGCAUGUCAAUUGGAAAGGUGAUCUUUCAACGAUAUUCAAUUUUGAUAAAAAAAAUGCGAGGCUUUCAACAAUUCUAUUCUGAUUUUUAAUGCUGGUGUUUCAAUAUGCUUGGUACUAAAGACUCUCAUAGUAACAGACUGGCGAAUACCUCUUAGGGAGAGCCAAACGAACCGUCAAACUCCCGUGCUCUAGCAUAGGAAUUUAGUUUCGCUCGUUUGGUUCCCAAAGAAGUAUUCGCCGGACUGUUACUAUUAGAGAUGGGCAAUUCGUUCGCAAACGAUUCAAAAGAACUAGUUCUUUUGAAAAAAUGAAUGACCCAUAGUUCUUUGUUUGAGAACGGUAGUUCUUCAGUUCAAACUCAUGGUCCUUUUUUUUUACUCCGAAUAGAACGGUGUCUCGGUUAGUCAUUCAACAAGCAAACUUACUAUGAAAUGAACGAACGAACGGCUCUCGAGAACUAGUUCUUCUAAGAGACCUGCACCACUGAACGGUUCUUUGAAAUGAACUGUUUUGCCCAUCUCUAGUUACUAUGAGAGUCUGCACUUGGUACUAGAGAUGGGCAAAACUGCUCGUUUUAAAGAACCGCUUAGAACUUGACAGUUCUACACUGAUAAAAAUCGACACGUUGGGUUGAAGUGUUUUACACUUAAUUUCGUCGCAUAUUAUUCGACACUCAAAAUGCAAGUGUAAAUUACUUCAAAUCUUAUUUAAGUGGAAUCCUAUUAAAACAUAAAAGAUAUGACAUUUUAAUUCCAUAAAUCAAACAUCAGAUAUAUUCCAAAUGUAAUUCAUUUAUGAUUUAUUUGGCUUGACACUUGAAACUUAAUUGGUAGAAAAAUAGAUUAAACUGAUGAAAAUUCUUAAAUUUCAACUAUUUCAGACUUCAGUAUCAAUACAUUUUCGUACUGAAUGCAUGUUGAUUUAUUGUUGGAAUGCCAUCAAUUAAAAAUUGGGCUUCUUUAUUCUAUAGAAACAUUCUAUACUGGGCAGUUAUGUUUUUGAAGACUGACAACAAUUCUUGUCAUGCAGUAUGACGUUGUUUGACGAUCCACAAUUCGAUUGCCUGAAAACACAAACCCAUCGUAUGAGUUAUCGAAAUAAAAAUACAACAGCCUACUUUUCCUACUGUUUUGACGCAAUCACGAACAUUUUCAUUAUUUUCCCAGUAAAAACAAAAUAAAACAUCAGUUGCGUGAUGACUCUUGCAGUCAUUUUGGUCAUCUUAUUUAUAUGUUUUGCACUUAAUAUUGUCGCAAUUGUCUACUCUCUGACAAGAUUAUUGAGAAAACAUAUAAACAUCAGUACGGCGAUAUUUUAAACUGACAUUGAUCUAAGUCAUAAAGUUGCACACUUUAGUCUUAUAUUCAAAGCAUUGGAUAUCAACAUGUCCACACUUAAGAUUCAAACAAGAUGACUCUCGCAUAUGUGCCUGAUUGUUUAGUGCGACUAGAAAGAAGAAACUCAUGUAGAGAAACACUUACGGGAAAAGUGUUGAUUUUUAGCAGUGUACUUAAAAAACUAGUUCUGUUGCACCAUUCUUUUGUUCUGUUCCUUCUAAAAUAAUAUGAGAGUCAUAAAUUUUAUUUUUCAGUAAACCAAUUCAAUAAUAGUGAGUACUUUUUGGCAUGCAUUUGUGUCACAAAAUUAUUCUCUUUUGUGUACUUUUUUUCAAACGAUCACGAAUAUGUGAAACAUUUAUUAUAUUCCUGAAAUCUGCGACGCACUCUCAAAGUGUGUUUGUCCAAUUGAAUUUAGUUCUCUAAUAUAUUUAUUUUGUCAUUUACGCCUUUUGUUGGUUGUCUGAAUUCGCUCUCAUUUAUCUUUCUGUCGGUUGUAUGUCUGCACCAUCGUGUCUCAAGGUGAUACGUGAUCCAUGACAAAUUUCAUCUGAUUUGGAUUCCAUUUGAAAAUCAUAAUGAAUUCCUGAUUAAAUUCCAGGCGAGUUGACUACAUUGAAUCUCGCUAGAGCAAACACUCAGGGAAAAAUGAUUUCGUAUGGUUUUUAGCCACAAGAAUAUUGUAUGUGAAUCAUAUGACCGCUUUAUGAAGUCACGAAAAUUGAAAUUCUAAUAAAAAGCCUUAUGAGAAUUGUUUAGGAACAUUGUGCGAAAUUUCUAUGACAAACAUAACUUUUCUCAUAUAUUGUGAAAUUCAUAAGUUAUUCGUAUGAAAAUUAAAAAAAGUGAUAGAUAAAAUGUAUAUUGCAGAGGUAUAUUUUUCAUAUUAAUCUUAUGAAAUGGUGAUUUUUGAAGCAUCAUAAGAUUUGCCCUAUGAUUUUCACUACUCAAUUUGCCUGAGUAAAAGAGUGAAAAAUAAUAGUGCUCUAUAGUACGCUAUUGGGACGACGCCGGUCUAAUAAUGUCGAUGCGUUUUCCAGGUGAUCACGGCUCAUACAAAAAGGUUCUAGAAUUGUUCAAUGACGGCUCGAUCGCAGCGCUCUACUUGGGCUGAUGAUGGAACCGAUGCGACUCGACAAAAUUUACUGGGUUUCGGUUGACUUCAAUGGUUGAAUGAACAAUUUUUCAGCGUUUUCAUCCUGUUCUGAGUGCGCGAAUGCAGUUUAUCCGUGACAAUUAGGUUUUGCAUGAAAAUGACAUAACCUCACAAAAUGAGCUGCAGGACAAUCGUUUGACAGCUAUCAGUGGUUUGUUUACAUGUCCAUUCCCUAUCAUUUCAUUCGGUUGAAUGGUAUUCUUGUACCAUUUCAUUGUGAUUCCUGUCACUCCAGUGAAAACCCACCGAUAGCUGUCAAAGAUGAGUUUGAUUCAUCGACAGUUCAGUGGUUUAUUUACAUAUCUACAUUAGGUUUUGCACGGACAUGACAUAACCUCACAAAAAUGAACUUGUUUUGACAGCUAACAGUGGUUUGUUCAUGUGUUCAAUCUAAUUUGAAAACGUGGUUUGUUUACAGUUUAAAAGUUCAACAGAGGUUCAUUGUUUGCAUUUAAAAGUUUCAAGUUGCCUCACACUAAAUAGAUUUAUACAAAUAUCGCUUCUUGAUGCUAGAAACACAUACAGGGCAAUCUGUUUUAGUUCUUUUCACUGUGGAACUAUGUUUUUAACAGGCACUUUUUCGUCAUUUUUCAAUUUUUAAUUUGCAGUCGUAAAACAGAGCAAACCACCGACAGCUGUCAAAGAUGAACUUGAUUCAUCGGCAGUUCAUUCGUGUUGUAAUUCUGUUGUACGGGCUUGCGGAUAUGUUUACCAAUUUGUGCACCCAUCAAAAAUAGUUUUCGCUAACAGCUCACGUUCGAAAAAAAUAAGCAGUACUUUUAUAUGGGCUGCCUUUUCAAAAUUAAUAGUUAUUGGAUCGUAUCAUCGGAAAUGUGAUCAAAUUACGAUAAAAAUUCAGUUGUAGGACACAACCACAACUAAUUCAAAAUUAAAGUUUUCUGAAAUGUAUGGUAAUAACGAAUAUCAAAGAGGAAAACUCAUAAACUCCCCUUCCUCGUACCCGCAACGAUGGUUUCGAUGCGAUGCCAGAUAGUUGUAAUGUUCUUUUCGUAAAUUGGCAUUUUCUUCGGAAGAUAGCCCCUUUUUUGCUUCGUUUUCGAAAAUUUCGGACAUUCAAAUUUCCGUAGAUUUCUGUAGAAAAUGUCAAUUUCCGAUUCCAGUUUUAAAUGAAGGAGGAAUAUUCUGCUGCUCCCGCGUUGUACAUGCGAGGGAAAUUACAUUAGUAUUGGGAUGCAUCGAAGUAAUCGGUUCAGAGCCUCAACCAUGUUUCACAAUUAAUUUUACUGGGAUAUUUUCUUUCUUUUGUAUUAGCAAAUCGGCAUAUUGCUUUUGCACGCGUUUUUAUGAUCAGGAUAAGCAAGUGGUUCCAGAUAUGUUAUUGCACAAUACAUCUGUAUUAAAUUAUACUAAAUUAUUCGUAUUCGCGUCAAUCCGGUUAUGUCUCUGACAUUACUUACCCACCCGUCUAUUUUUUGCAUAUCUUUUCAACAGCUGGUUGAUUUUUCGGGUCAAAGUCUUAGAAGAAUUUUCUGUAGCCUCCCUUAAUGAGCUUCCAUAGCUUCGUCAAACAUAAAAAUGAAAAGCCUGAAGAUGAAAACACCACCGAGUGGCAUGAAAUCAAUUCCAUUCUCUAUUGCAAUGUCAGUAUUGUCUAUACCGUGUUCGCAUUUUUCGCUAAAAUCAAGCGUUUAGCUUUCAAUUUAGCAACUGAACAUUGAGAGAAGAGUUCAAUGCACAUAUCCUCUCUGGAGAGAAAGUAUUGACGGAAUUGAUGAGCAAUUUUGAGCGGCCCUGUGCACGUGACAAUAUUGUUGUUUUUUUUUUUAAAUUCAAGCGUUUGGCACUUUAAAUAUUGCAACUGAAUAUAAAAAUAUUUAGAGAAGAGGUCAUUGCACAUGUUUAACAGUUUCUCUCUGGAGAGAAAGAAGUAUUGUCGGAUUGGUGAGCAGUUUUGCCAAUAUUUUCUUCAAUCCGAUGAAAUUUCCAUGUCAAUCCGAUUAAAUUUCCAUUACACAAUCGAAAGUAUUGUCAAUAUUCCUCAUAUUGACAAUAAUAUUGUCUCGUUUAAGGGCCACUUUACUUCUUUGGAUUGACGAAAAUAUUGUCAAAAAAUCAGAACUGCUCAUCAAUCCGACAAUACUUUCCCUCCAAAGAGAAACUGUUAAAUAUGUGCAAUGGCUUCUUCUCUCAAUAUUUUAAUAUUCAGUUGCAACUUUUUAAACGCCAAUCGCUUGAAUUUUUCGAAAAAAAAAACUCGGACUCAAGUUAUCAAACCAACUGAAUUGAUGGCAAUGACAAUACUUUGGAUUGACAAUAAUAUUGUCACGUGUAAGGACCGUUUUAGGUGAAAAGUACUCAAAAUUAGGUAGUUUUGCGAUUCCGAUUUCGAACAAAACAGUUGCCACAUAUACAGAUUAAUCUGUAUUUUAUAGAUUUUUCAGAUAUAUUUGGAACCAAAAUCCUGCACGGAUUACAGAUUUUUGGUCAGAAAAAUACUGCUCAUACUAGCAUAUCAAACUCACAUACCCAUAUGGGACUGAUAUGCGAGUAUGAGCAAUAUAUUUCUGGCCAAAAAUCUGGUCACUUUUGAGUUAGCCCGACGGAUAACGUCUAUUUUCACGUCUCUUUCAAAAAUUGCAAAAAUAAUUGGGGUUACUACAGUAAAAUUUGAUCAAAAUAUCAAGUCGGUUCUGUCUUAUAUGGAAAGUACUCGCAUAUCUGUCCCACACAUUAAAAAUCAUGUUUUAGUAACUAAAUAAUGUACAGAUUGCUUUAUUUUUUUCUGGCCACUGUACCAAUAUUUAGCGCUGGCUGUGCGUGCAAAAAUUUAGAUAAUCAAAGAUAAACUAUUUUUGAAUAUAGCCGGUACGAUAAUUCUUCUUGCGUUUCGAUCUCAGUUCCUUGCCGAAAUAGCUUCCUUCAGAAUCAAACGUAUUGCUCCCAUUUAUACUCAAAAUUUCAUCCUCCAGAAGUAAAAACUGUAGGAAAAGAUUCAGAAUUGUCCGAUGACAGCACGCAUCAUAGCGCUACAAUCGAGACGACAUCGUGCCCGAUCGGGCCGAUGGUCGGAUCGAUGCGGCCCCCGACAAAAUUCACUGGGGUUCGGUUCACAAACGUUGAACAAAAAUCGAUUAUCGAGAAUCAGAAUAUUUUCAAAUGGCAGUUUAUCGAAAAAACUGAGUAGGCGUCGUCAAAGGAAGACGUCAAAACUGUUGCACGUGAACACGUGAGUGGUUUUUUCUUUGUUAUUAUUGUUGGCGAAAAAAGAACGUGUUUAAUUGACUCGGAAUGAAGAUUUUCUCGUGAAACCAUUUUGAUUGCCGCUAUUUUUCGCAAUUUGACUGAGCAGUUCAACAGUUUGAGAAUAAACUCAAUUUCGACAGUAAAAAAAUGGUAAGCGCAAUUCGCUUUAGCUUUCAAAAAUAACGUCAGUUGACAGGUGAGGAUUUCCGGCAAAAGAAUGCAACAAUUUGUCUCCAGACCAAAUUUUUACUUUUGAGACACCUUGAAUAACUUUUUUUUCUCAACCAACUUUAAGUUGCAAGGCAAUUACUAAAAAAAAUUAAACGUUACUAAAAAAUUGAACAAAAUUUUCUUUCCAACGACUUAAUCAUACAAAACACCUUAUAAAUCAGCCAACCGUGAGAAAAACGAAACGUAAAAAAAAUACGCAAUAAAAACCAAGAAAAAAUGAACAAAAUAAAAGUCUGAAUAGAGGUUAACACACGAAUGAAAGAAAAAAAAUAAGAAUACCAACCGACCCGAUCCGCGGCCCCCUACCGGGUUGUGUCGAUAGCCCCGUUUCCCCUACCGCGGGUUGUAACGGGAAGAAAAAUGAUCCUCCGGAGAAGGUGGGCUGCCACUCCACUCCCAUGGUUGCCAGAGAGGGGCGUUCACGUAAUUUUUGAUUGAUUGAUUGUAAAGGGGGAAAAUCAUAACUUUGCUGCGUUCCUCUCUGGGCCUGUAAGGGGCGUCGUGAUUUUUUUGUGGCAAAUUUUUUUGCUGUUUGCGCAAAAAAAAUAUGAUGAAACAAAUUUAAAGAAACGGCAUUUUUGGGACCUGUUUCCCACCCAGUGCCGGUAACGAGGGCAAGUAUCUAGUAUCCGAUACUGACAAGCAAACAAACAAAAACACAAACACACACACACACUCAUAAUCGCAAAACAAAUCAAAGUAUAUCGGGGUUUUUUGUGCAAUCAAUAUUUUCGGUGUCGGAAUAAUUAGCCUUAGAGUAUUGAAUAGGUAGAGAAGUAAACAAACAUAAGAAGAAGAAAAAAACGCAAGAGAUGAAAAGAAUGAUCUUGAAGAAACGACAUGAUAAUAUAAACUAUAAUCAAAACCCAUAAAUGCUUUAGUGUUUCGAGUGAUUUGAAAAAAAAAACGAUAGAAGAAACGAGGAAAAAACCAGCUGAUCGAAGUAGUCAGCGCAGCAAAAUGAACUAAUCGUAUAAAGGAUCAAAUCAAUAGGAGAUCGAAUCUUUUUUUUUGUUUGUAGCAAGCGAAACAUCCCUGUAGUACGUAGCCUACUACGAUAUGAUUAUUUUUUAUACAACAGACACACACACAACUGUAACUGUUUAGCCGUAAAACAAUAUGAGUACCUUUUUAUCUAGUUUGUAAGAUAAUUUUUUUUUCGCUAAAUUAUGCAUUCCCCCCCUCCCUUAUUGUGAACAGCUCCAGCUGACGUAAAUCGUGAAACAACGGCAAACAUAUUCCUAAUUGUAUUGUAAAUUAAUCUUGUUCUUCCCCCUCCUCAGACGACCGUCUCCCCCGUUGAUCGGCUUAGUGUAAAUCUAUGUUCUAUGUAUUUCACCAUUUCCUCGAGACUACUUUUUUCCUAACACUUCUUUUAGCCUUAAAAAUUAGACAUUUAAGCGAUUGUUGAUUUGAUUUCCAUUUUCGAACAAACAUGAAACUAGUUAAUUUUUUCUCUCUAAGUCUACCGUCUAUUUUAGUCUAAAGAAAAAAAAAUCAACUUGUACGAAAGACGAUAAGAAAAAGCUCUUCCAUCCUUCUAUUUUUAUAACGAAUAACGAAUAUUUUUAGAACCACUUAAGACGAAAAAGAACAAUAAGAAAUACGAAUCUCAUGGCUUUAACUAUCCAUCCUUUCCAGCUUAGAGUUUGGGCUGUUUGUUUAUAUCAUAUAAUACCGUUGAAACUCAGUUUAUGAAUGAAAGAAGAGGAAGAAGAAGAAAAAAACGAAAACAAUUACAGAAAGGGGGCUGGGAAAUCGGGCGUUUGCUCACUCCAACUCAAUUGAAAUGCUCCUUAGAACAUAGGAAAAACAACAACAAAAAAAAAACAGUAGAUAAUCGAACAACAACAAAAUCAAAGCAGGCGUCGUUCACAUUCCACAAAUAGACACAGUAAUCAUUAGAAUAGUAGGCCGGAUAUGUGAGGCUAGCAACUUCCGGAACGCCCCCGUCCCCCUUUCCCCCCAAUCGUUGCAUUUAUUAUUCAGUUACUUUAUUAUACAAUAUUAUUACGACGAUGAUCAUGAUGAUGAUGAUUAUGAAGAUGAAGAUGAAUGCGCACUUGUCGGAAUGUGACAAGUGUGGAAAAUGAAAAAUUUGCUAAAAAUUAAAGACUCAAAAUUAGU